UUCUUAGGCCAUAUCUUUUGCGUAGAAUGAAGUCUGAUGUUGAGCUAAUGUUGCCACGGAAAAAAGAGAUCAUUGUAUAUGCUAACAUGACUGAGCAUCAGAAGAGCUUGCAGGAACAUUUAAUUAAUGAGACACUAGGGAAAUAUUUGAAUGACAAACUUUCAAUUGGACGCUCUGUGACAAAGCUCAAUAAUUUGGUUCUUCAACUUAGGAAAGUCUGUAACCAUCCUGACCUCCUAGAAUCGGCUUUUGAUCGUUCAUAUUUUUAUCCUCCUGUGAAUGAGAUCAUUGAACAAUGUGGAAAAUUCCAUUUGCUCAACCGAUUGUUGGAACGGCUAUUUGCACGAAAUCACAAAGUUCUGAUCUUCAGUCAGUGGACUAGAGUGUUGGAUAUAAUGGAUUAUUAUUUCAGUGAAAAAGGCUUCGAAGUUUGCAGGAUUGAUGGUUCAGUGAAACUGGAGGAUAGGAAACGGCAGAUCCAGGACUUCAAUGAUACAAACAGCAAUUGCCGAAUCUUCCUUCUUUCUACUAGGGCUGGUGGAUUGGGAAUUAACCUCACUGCAGCUGACACUUGCAUUCUUUAUGACAGUGAUUGGAAUCCUCAAAUGGAUUUACAGGCCAUGGAUAGAUGUCAUAGAAUCGGUCAAACAAAGCAUGUUCAUGUUUACAGGCUCGCAACUGCUCAAUCAGUAGAGGGUCGAAUGUUAAAAAGAGCUUUCAACAAGUUGAAGCUUGAGCAUGUGGUGAUAGAGAAAGGACAGUUUCAUCAAGAGCGUACAAAGCCUGCCAUUGUGGAUGAGAUGGAGGUUUGUAUGGUAGCAGUAGCAUGCUAACGAUUUCUAAAUUUUUCUGU